AAAGAUCACACCCGCGUAUGAAAAUGAACUAAAGCCAACGCGGUUUCGUUGUUCCUGCCCAAAGUUUCCAGGAAAUGACAACAGCUUCUCCUCCCAACCUCUGACCUUGAGCUACCACCCGCCUAGACCUCUCAAACCCAGUAAUCACAGAGAGAGUUCGUGGAAUUUUUCACUUUCUCUUUGGUUGAUCACGAAAUGGGUUGCUGUGCGAGCAAGAACGCGGACUCGAAGGCCAGCAGGAUAGCGCGGUGGCGCUCGACCGGCAUUGUGGCUCUCCGAGACUCCAAGUUGAAGGCAUUCCCAAAUGAAGUUUUCGACCUGGAGAGAUCUGUACGAACUCUUGACUUAACACACAAUAAAAUAGUUGACAUACCUAUGGAUAUAAGCAAAUUAAUUAACAUGCAGCGCGUGAUCUUAUCUGAGAAUCUCAUCGAGCGACUACCAACGAAUUUGGGGAAACUUCAGUCUCUAAAAGUUAUGACACUUGAUGGAAAUCGACUAACUUCUUUGCCUGAUGAAUUGGGGCAGCUGGUGAGGCUUGAGCGAUUAUCCGUCUCAGGAAAUUUGUUAACAUGCUUGCCAGAAACCAUUGGGAGCUUGCGCAAUUUGUUGCUUUUAAAUGUGUCAAAUAACAAGUUGAAGUCUCUUCCAGAAUCAAUUGGGAGUUGUUUCUCUCUUGAAGAAUUACAAGCAAAUGAUAAUCUUAUUGAAGAUCUACCUGCAUCAGUCUGCAAUCUCAUUCACGUCAAGUCAGUCUGCUUAAACAACAAUAAUGUGAACCAGAUACCUCCGAAUCUAUUGAAAGACUGCAAAGCUCUGCAGAAUAUUUCCCUGCAUGGAAACCCUAUUUCAAUGGAUCAAUUUCAGCAGAUGGAAGGAUUUCAAGAUUUUGAAGCAAGAAGAAAGAAGAAGUUUGACAAGCAAAUUGAUUCAAAUGUGAUGAUGGGGUCAAAAGGCCUUGAUGAGGGUGUUGAUCUAUGAAUGAAGAACUGGUUUUGUCAACACGAAAUGUUUAGCGCUCAAAAGUAUACAACUUAUUCACGCUGCAUUAUACUUUGCAGUAACCUCCCUGCUAUAACACCUAUCCCCUCACAGUGAAGGAUUGACAGUGCAAUCUAUGCACUCAAAAGAGGAAUGCUUGUUCCCCUGUUCCUUGUUUGCUUAGAGGAAAAAAAGAAAAAGAAAAGAGGAAUGCUUGAAUGAGGAUUUCCAAGCAAUGAGCUACCUCCUCUGAACCUACUUAUACAAUACAUGUGCUGCAUCUAAAAUGUGGCUGAUGGACAACAAAAAAUACCUCUAAUGAAACAAAUUGGCAGUAUUGAGUUGAUGUACUCAUGCACAUUUUCCACUCAGAAAGUUUCUAAAUCUG